UUAUUAAGGAAAAUCUUCAGUGAAAACGUAGCGAAAGGAGCGGCUCCCUUCGGCGUGUUUGGUAUAUGACGGCCUCCUUCCAGCACCCAAAAGCCGACGCUUGCUGCUGAUGCAGGCACCGGAUCAGGGAGAAAAGUAGAGAAACUGCUGUCUCUCCCUAUGACGUCGCACGUUGCAGAUGGCGCAGGUGAUGGUGGAUCAGAGGAGCCACCGCAUGUCCUGGACGUGGCACGCUUCCGCCGGCUGAACUCGCUCAUCCACCGUGAGAACGUGGACGUGGACGAACUCCUGCAUCUGGUGGAGCAGGAUUACCACGUGAACCUCAUGCUCGACCCCUUGCUCAGCUUCGUCAUCGCCUGCAAGAAGCCCAAGCUCGCCUGCCGCCUCAUCGACAAAAUAUCAUCAAAUGACAUGCUCACGGCCUCCAACUACGACGGCGACACGGCGCUUCACGUAGCUGCCGCCAUGGGCUACAAAGCAGUGGCCUCGGAGCUGAUCCGCAGGGUGCCAGAUCUCGUUCAUGUGCGGAACCGGAAGCAGGAGAUACCGCUACAUAAGGCGGCCCUGUACGGGCUGCAGGACAUGUUCUGGCUGCUGGUGUCCAAGGAAAGCUCACCGGAUGCCCGGAGGGAGGACGGCGCCACCAUGCUGCACUGUGCCAUCAUGGGCAAUGCGCCGGAGCUCGCAUUGCAGAUUGCAAGGUAUUAUCCAGGUCAGAUCACAAACGUCGAUCAGCAUGGUGUAACCUCGUUGGAUCUAAUGUUGACCAUUCACGGGUUAUUCCGAAGCCACACUCUCCUUGGCUUCUUCGAAUCCUUCGUUUAUGACAUUUUCACUUCAGUGGUUCCAUCGGAAGAGGGCUGUGGCAAGACAGACGAAAAAGAUGCAGAAGCUCUGACGACAUUUGUCUCAGUAUAUCGAGCCGAAGCCACAAAACAGGAUGCACGACGUGACUACGAAUCCCUGGAGAGGUCGAGAGGAAUUCGUUCAAGAUUCCCACCUCAAUAUGACACUCUCUUGGACCUAUUGGAAUUGAUAUGCAUCUUAGCCAGAUGGAGCCUUUUCCACCUUCUAAAGCUGUUCGCAGUCAAGUAUCGUCGCGAGGAGAUUGUCAAGAUCAUAAGGGACAUGAGAACCAUUUUACCAUCGUGGUUAUUUCCCAAAAUCGACCCCAAAACCGGGAACACCAUCCUGCAUCUUGCUUCACGUGGAAGCCCUGAUGUAGCAAAGGAAGCGCAAGACGAACCGGAUGCAAUGCAACUGCAUUACGAUUUAGUGUGGUUUGAGACGGUGAGAGAUAUGGUUCCUAAGGAAUUAGUGCACAGUCGGAACGCGCAAACGAAGACCGCAGAAGAGAUGUUUACUGAGAGUCACCAAGUGAUGCUCAGGAGUUGCAAACGUCAACUAAUGGAAACGGGCAGGACGUGUUCAGGGCUGGUCGCUGAAAUAGUGUUCGCGUCGAGCUUCUCCGUCCCCGGCGAUAAGGACCCAGCCACCGGCAGCCCGGUUUGCUUUGGUAGGGCAGCUUUUAAGGUCUUCUCACAUGCGUACGUGUUUGGGUUGUCAUGCGCCGCCACAUCUCUGGUGUUGUUCUUAUCCCUCGCCAUGUCACCGUACAAGGAGCAGCAGUUCCGUCGUAUCAUCCCAACCAAAUACUUCUUUGCCCGCUCGUCGUUUGGGUUGGCGAUGCUGUCUUUUCUGGUGGCGUUCACCUGCAACAUCUACCUACAAUUAUAUGGCUGGCAGAAGACGAAGUCGAAGGACUUGAUUCCAUUCGUAUUGGAGCUCACCGUCUUCCCCGUCAUCUGUUUCCUGGUGUUGUUCUUUCGUGGCGCCGAUUUCGGUAUAUCUUUCCUUGUUCGUCUUUGGCGUUGAGUCAACAAGCAUGAUCGUCCAACAUCUUUGGAAUCUGCAGCUUCAUGAUGUGCGUGGGUUCUACCUAUUGCGGUAUGCCACCUGUUCUAUCGGUAUGUGCUGGUAGAAAUCAUUGGACAGUUAAAUAUCUUGUGUGUACAAGCAGCAACAAAGGCCCUGUCAUAUAUGGACGCUAUUUGAUUGCAACUUUAAUGUGGUCUUUCCUUCUA